UCUCCCCACCCUUACAUUGUGUGUUGGGGGGGAACAAGCCGCACUCUUCUUGCAGUCUACAUGACAGCCAGCGCAAGAGGGGACGAGCAACUGCGAGGAAAGAAAGCGACCCAACGCACGCACGCACGCACGCACGCACGCAGGCAGGCAGGCACGCACGCACGCAGGCACCCACCGACUGCAUGAUUUUGGGACUUUUGGACAACUUUUUGUCCAUGUCACCGUCACACCCGAAGCCAGGACAGCCAGCGGCCGCAGCAAAGCUCUUUGCCUUAUUCGCGACGGAUUAAUUGAACCAGACCGGGAUUGGAUAGCCUGGUUAUGGAUUUUAACCUCCUGACGGAUGGUGACGCCCGCAGCCCGGCGCUGUCGCUCUCCGACUCCGGAACUCCGCAGCACGAGCAGGGAUGCAAAGGCCAGGAGAGCAGCGACACAGAGAAAUGCCAGCAGAACCAGCUGGAUGAAUCCAGUACUGAUGACGGCUCGCUGAAGAAGAAGCAGCGCAGGCAAAGGACGCACUUCACCAGCCAGCAGCUUCAGGAGCUGGAGGCCACCUUUCAGAGGAACCGCUACCCCGACAUGAGCACCAGAGAGGAGAUUGCCGUAUGGACCAAUCUCACUGAGGCACGGGUCAGGGUAUGGUUCAAGAACCGACGUGCCAAGUGGAGAAAGCGCGAGAGGAACCAACAGGCCGAAUUGUGCAAGAACGGCUUUGGCGCCCAGUUUAACGGACUGGUGCAACCCUACGACGACAUGUACGCCGGUUACUCGUACAACAACUGGGCCAGCAAGAGUUUAGCCGGCGGCCAACUCUCUGCCAAGAGCUUCCCUUUCUUUAACUCCAUGAACGUAAGCCCCCUGUCGUCCCAACCCAUGUUCUCUCCCCCGAGCUCCAUCCCCUCAAUGAACAUGGCUUCCGGCAUGGUGCCCUCAGCAGUGCCUGGUGUUCCUGGAACGGGCCUCAACAACUUGGGAAACCUCAACAGUCUCAACAGCCCCGCGGCGGCGGCGGCGGCGGCGGCGGCAGCGGCCACUUGCCCGUACGCCGGCACCGCCAGCCCCUACAUGUACAGAGACACCUGCAACUCCAGUCUGGCCAGUCUGCGACUCAAGGCCAAGCAACAUACCAACUUCACAUAUCCCAGCGUGCAGAAUAGCGUGUCAAACCUCAGCCCCUGCCAGUACGCCGUGGAUCGGCCGGUAUGAGCUCCCUCUCUCGGUCUCGGACUGUCCCGCUUCGCUUCCAUCUCAAAAGUGCCGGACGUGUCGCAGACUGAAGCCAAUAGGGCGGGCAAUUACGCCAAACGGAUAGGAGAAAGAACGGAAACGCCCGUGACGGACCACCCUGGCCUGGCGCAAAGGAGCACUUUGCCGACUGACCAACUGCAACUACAUUUCAAGACAAAAUAUCCCAAAACGUCAUUUUCUAAAUUGCAUGAUUCGUUGAUUUAGUCAGCACGGGUCAACGAGACAGAGAAGCUUCAACAUCAGGAAGCUGCGGUUUCCACGUUGGAAACAUCGGGGCUGUACAUAACAGACUCUUUUCACUUUUGUAAUGUGGGACAAAAUAGGAUGGGAAAACAGAUGUUGUACUUGAAGAAUGGUAAAAAGAAGCAUGCUCCUCAAAUGCAAAGCUCCAGGCUUGACCUCCUUUGGGAAAAGGAAUACUUGUGUUGUGAAUUCCGUUCCCCCCGGGAAGGUCACAGGUCAAAGGCCAAUUUAGCUAAGCCAGAGGAGGGCAGUACUGGAUUACAAAAAUAUCCAGCUUGAUGCAACAAGUAGGAAGAUCAUCAACCUUUUCACCACGAAAAAGCCAUUGCUUAGAUUGAGUUGUGUGCUGUUCUACAAAGCCAGUAUGUCAAAGUCAAAUAUAGGAUGUAAGAGUGCAGUUGUUAGAAGAAAACGGAUGCUUUUUCCCCCCUGAUGUAGCCUGCUUUGUCUCAUUAAAGAACAAAUGAAAAGAACCGUUUUGAAAAAAAAUAUAUAUAUAUACAUAGAAAGAGAGAGAGAAAUGACACUUCUCUCAAAUAUUGCUACAUGUUCAUUAGUGUGCUUUACGUAUUUGACUGCUACUACUACUAAUACAACAAUUGCCAUUUCCCUUCUAUCUCCUUAGCUAGCAAAUGAAAAACAAAUACAGUUGAUCUUGUCACUUUUGCCAAGUUUCUACAUCUGGAUGAAUAUGUUCUCUAAAAUGAGUGAUUUCAGAAGACUAGUCGUGAGUAAAUUUGAACAUUUGGGGUGUCAUCUUUUGAAAUGCUUAUUUUUCAUACUCCAGUGUCAAAAUAGUUAGGAGAGCAACAUAAAGAGUAUGCAACACAGUCGCAACAUGGUGAUGGACGAGAGAAGGAGACAUACAGUGGAUGUUGUGGAUUCAUGCUUGACCUCCACUCCACAACAAAGCAGGAAUGGACAGAGGCCACGGCUGUCGCAUACGUAAGGGGAGGCCUUGCUUAGCAGCUCGUCCAUCAGCUCCUGCAGCUGUUUAUUGCUCAGACAUUUCACCACUUCAAUGUCAUUGCCAUGUCAACUCUACAAUGUCACUCACGUUCACAACUUCACACGACGGAUGGAGCACUAGAAAGGAGAAUGCAAUUCCUCAUCUCUCUUACUUAGCUCGCUUGCCGUUUACAUCGUGUCCAUCAUGAGGAAACGUUUGAAGUCGGAACAAACUGACUGUUUGACACUCAAGACCAACAUGUAAAGGCUUUAUGAAUCCCAUCUUAUUGUAUCAGACUCAAAGUUUUGUGCAUGUGGCUCUGUGGACUCUCCCCAGACUCCAUUUUGCAUGCUCCAAACAUUUUUUGGCCAAUAAAAGGUUUGCGGUA